UGCCGUCUCAUCCCCAGACCCCAUGGCCCUGACCACGGCGGGGACACAGCCCUCACUAGGGGAGGUGGCGGGGAUCCCCCUGCCAGCCACCACCGUGGACAACUGGCCCCAGAUCCAGGGCUUCAAGGCCCAGUCUGAUGACCUCCUCAUCUGUACCUACCCUAAGUCAGGGACCACGUGGAUCCAGGAAAUUGUGGACUUGAUUGAGCAGAGCGGGGAUGUGGACAAGUGUCAGAGGGCGGCCAUCCAACACCGCCACCCAUUUCUCGAGUGGGCUCGGCCUCCCCAGCCCUCCGGUGUGGAGAAGGCCGGAGCAAUGCCUCGGCCCCGGGUGCUGAGGACCCACCUCCCUGCCCAGCUGCUGCCUCCAUCCUUCUGGGAAAGCAACUGCAAGUUCCUCUAUGUUGCUCGAAAUGCCAAGGACUGUCUGGUGUCCUACUACCACUUCCAGAGGAUGAACCGGACGCUCCCCAAUCCAGGCACCUGGGACCAGUACUUUGAAACCUUCAUCAGUGGAAAAGUCGCAUGGGGGUCCUGGUUCGAGCAUGUGAGAGGCUGGUGGGAGCUGAGAGACAGCGUCCGGAUGCUCUUUCUCUUCUAUGAGGACAUCAAGAGGAACCCAAAGCAGGAAAUUCAGAAAGUGAUGAAGUUCAUGGGGAAGAAUUUGGAUGGAGCCGUGCUGGACACCAUUGUCCAGGAGACAACGUUUGAGAAGAUGAAGGCAAACCCCAUGACCAACCGUUCCACAGCUCCCAAGACCGUCCUGGACCAGUCCAUCUCCCCCUUCAUGAGGAAAGGAAUCGUGGGAGAUUGGAAAAACCACUUCACGGUGGCUCAGAAUGAAAUAUUUGAUGAAAUCUACAGGCAAAAGAUGAAAGGAACCUCAAUCAACUUCUGCACAGAGCUCUGAGCCAAAUAGCAAUAAACAGGCAGCUACUGGGAAACAACCUCAUCCUUCAUCCCGACCCAAGAGCCUCGGAAAGCAGGCUCUCCACCGGCCCUGUGCUCAUUUCAACCAUUCUUUCCAAACUAAGAAACUAGAUGGCUUUCUAAACUAAGUCAAAUAUAAGACUUGAAUACUGCAA